GCACAUGGUAUUUAAAAAUAAUAACAAUGGAAGACUUUUAUUGUAACGAGUUUUAAUAUCCUUUCUUUUGCAGUGAACGUCAGAGCUGGAUGGGAGCUCUUUGCAGAUGCGAGAUAUACAACGUGUAUGUACACCGAAGUGAAAGGACAAUAACUUGUCGUCAGGAUGACGUGGUGGUUGAGGUGAUGUGAAGAGAGACGUCAACGAAGUAUGCAGUCGUUGAACUCAUGUCGUCUGUUUUAGUUUCAGUAAGAAUUUUAUGGUGCUUGCAACACAAAAAAGGUUGUAUAAGUAAGGAAGGUUCCGUAGAUGUUUGAUAGGAAAAAAGGAGCAAAUCACAUCAGAGCACCCGCCAACCACACAGGAAAUCAUGUCUUCGCAGACAGACGACAGAUGCAGUUUCCAAAAUCUUACUGGUAAUAUAGAUAAUACUUUAAGCCUUUAUACAAUGCGAAGGCUGAACACAUGACGUAAGCAAUAAAACUUUAGAAGAGAAAUAAGACCAGAAAAAUUUCAAGAAUCCGCACAACAAAAUAUCACAUAAUAAUUCAUACAAGGCUGUUGUGACAUACUCGAUACAUGGAUUUAACAUAAUAUUACAUAUUAUAUCAAUUAGUGUACUAAACGCAGAUAUCAAGACGUGAUUGAAGGAUACAGGAUUACAUACGAUUGCUAUUUCUGAGCAUGGACACGACAACGUGAGUGCCACGACCUUGAUACUGACAAGAACCAACGUAUUUGAUACCAGGGCUGUAAUAAUGUGCAUCUGUCAUUAUUACCUCUUAACUCCAGCCUCGUCUGCAGGAACCAAGUAUGGCACGGUGGACAAAUAAUUCAUUGCGUGGAUAUAGGACACCAAGUUAUGUUCAUAUUUGGUAAACCUAUUUUCGUUAGGUAAGUCAAACUCACUGUUUCUCUGUGAACUUCUGUGUUAAAAUUCGUCGAACGUAGCAACAACGCAAACGGAUUCCAAACACACAAUCGAUACCAGGCGUAACUGGAAUCAGUCCGGACGAUACCGAUCAAGAAAGCUGAGACAUUCAUAUUUCGAAGGAAGUGGGGGAAGUCCGUCUGUGUGUUGUUUCGAGGUGGUUGUGGAUAGGGAGGGGGUCAACGCCCCUCAACUGAGGAGAACGUACAAUAAAAUAACUCUACUUCCUUUAUUGUGUCACCGUCGUGUCUUUCUCAGUGAUGUCAACAGCUUGGAGUCUGCAAGUUUGUGAACUAGUUUUUUUCGACCCUAAAUCGUUCGUGAACAUACUGCUCUCACACAUACAGCAGCUAUGGUGAGUGGAAAUUAUAAAGAGAAUAUAAGUGAAGUCACUUCCGGCAUGGAUGACCGCAGAGUGAAUAAUGAUAUGGCGGAUGAUGAUGGUUCUUACUACAUGGUAACUACAGCGUUCUCGGGCAACGACAGUUAUGAUUAUAACCAAACCAACGGAUCGACGCAAUCGUUUGACAAUCCGUUUAACCACACGUCAGUCAAGAUUUUAUUCAUCUCACUCUACACAAUUAUCUUCCUGAUCUGCUGUAUCGGUAACAGUUUGGUCCUCUAUACGGUUGGUCGAAACAAGCGCAUUCGCACACGCACUAACUUUUUCUUGGCGAACCUGGCUGUCGCAGAUCUUGGAGUGGGUCUGGUCUGUGUGCUUCCCAAACUGUCCACAUUCCUGUCGCAGACCUGGGUGCUUGGGGAGGCUAUGUGCAAGAUCUACUACUUCGCUCAGAGCAUGACUUACACUGCCUCCAUUUUACUGCUGACGGCCAUAGCUGUGGAGCGCUACAUCGCCAUUCUCUACCCUCUUCGAUCAAAGUGCCUGGUAACUCACAGCAGACUUAUCACAUCACAGGCUAUGUGCAAGAUCUACUACUUCGCUCAGAGCAUGACUUACACUGCCUCCAUUUUACUGCUGACGGCCAUAGCUGUGGAGCGCUACAUCGCCAUUCUCUACCCUCUUCGAUCAAAGUGCCUGGUAACUCACAGCAGACUUAUCACAUCACAGCUGUCUAGGUGCGAAAGAACGGAAUACGAAUAG